GGUUGUCAAGCGCGAGCAGUGCCAGCGUCAAGUGAGUCCACAGCCGCCGCCAUGGUGUCCAAGGAAACUAGUAUAAAGGUGUCGGAGGAGAGCAAGGAGGGCCAGUUCAACCUGGACGGCAUCCUGAGCGAGCUGGGCAGCUUCGGCAAGUACCAGCUGCUGCUGCUGCUGCUGCUCGCCUUCCGGGACUCCUUCCUCGCCAUGUGCAACUUCAACUACGUCUUCGCAGCUGCCGAGGUCAACUUCAGAUGCGUAGUCCCCGAAUGCGAGUCAUUGGAGAGCGGGUUCAACGCGUCAUGGCGUUCGUUCGCGCUGCCCAACGAGCCGGGCACGUGUCGCCGCCUCACACCCCUCGAUGCCGUCUCCAACUCCUCGGUAGACGACCAGUUCACCUACACCUGUUCGCCCGACAACUUCAGCUGGAACCGCACCAUGAACUGCGAUAAACUUAUCUAUGAAGACUAUAACAGUAUUGUUGCUGAGUUUAACCUGGGCUGUGAGCCGUGGAAGCGAACGAUGAUUGGCACCGUGCACAACCUGGGACUCGUGUUCUCUUUCAUCAUCUCAGGACUUAUUUCUGAUAAAUACGGCCGCAAGGUGAUUAUCGUGGGCACGCCGCUGGUGGUGGGCGUGGCGGGGCUCAUCAAGUCCUUCUCCGUCAACUACUGGAUGCUGCUCGUCUUCGAGUUCCUCGAGACUGCGCUCGGAUACGGCAACGCUUCUAUGGUCUUGUCUCUAGAAACCGUCAGUCAAAACCAACGAGUGAUGUUCUCGUGCAUCGCCGACCUGCUCGCCUGCAUCGGCAGCGCGUUCUUCGGGCUCAUAGCGUGGAAGGUGCCCUACUGGCGGCACCUGAUGAGAGCCAUCUACGCGCCUCUUCUAGUCGUGGUGUUCUACAUCUUCCUGAUAGACGAGGGUGUGAGAUGGCUGCUGGCACACAACAAGAACCACGAGGCCGUCAGGGUGCUGAACAAAGUGGCCAAGAUCAACAACAUACAGCUGUCGAAGAAGGCGCAGCAGAUGCUGAUGAACAUCGCCGGGGAGAGCAAGUCACAGCAGGCAGGAGAGAAUCCUCCUUCAGAGCGUCCUCACCUACUCUCAGUCCUUCGCUCGAAGAAGAUCGUGGUGCGCGUGCUGCUGAUCGCGGCGUGCUUCAUCUGCUGCACGUUCGUGUACAACGGUACGAUCAUCAACUCGGCCAGCGUGUCGGGCAACAAGUACCUCAACCUGUCGGCGCUGAUGCUGGUGCAGGUGCCGACCCGCAUCGUGGCCGCGCUCACGCUCACCAGGUUCGGCAGGAAGGCCCCCAUCUGUGUCGCCUAUACCUUGUGCUGUCUCUUCUUUAUUUCGUCCGCUUUUAUUCCUCAGUCGAUCUGGUGGCUAUCGGUGCUGUUCUACCUAUUCGGCAAGAUGUGCAGCAGCUACGGCGUGUUCUCCAUGUACGUGGUGGCCAUGGAAGUGUUCCCCACCACGUCGCGCAACUCGCUCACCAACAUCGCCAACACUGUUGGACGCCUGGGCUCCGUGCUCGCGCCGCAGACGCCGCUGCUGGAGAAAUAUAUGACAGGACUACCAAGCGUGGUAUUCGGUUUGGUAGCGCUCGGCCCCGCCAUGCUGGCACUCCUGCUGCCUGAGACCAGCCAAGCAGCCCUGCCCGAUGACGUCACCAGCGCCGAGAACUUAGACAAGCCUCACGAAGAACAAGGCCAGGACAACACCACGCAGGACGAACUGCCCAGGAUUGCCGUCAGUGUCACCAGGGAGAAAUGAGCUCUGUGACGUGGUGAUAAAGUUGUAAAUGCCGUGGAGACAAAAAACUCUACCAAACUGUGCAGUGAUAUUGUAUUAAGGAUAUUUUUUAUACUUAGUGAAUCUCGAUCACCAAAUAGUAAGUGAUGACGUCAUGCUUGCAUUCCCAGCGGUCGUGAUGCUGUGACAGUGAACUGUUCGCAAUAUUAGGUUGUAGGUAUUUGUGAUAUUCGGUUAUUGGUUCAAGUCGUGUGGAAGUCGCGUAAAAGUCAUAAGAUACUCGCAAACUUCGUACUUAUUCCGUUUUAAUACUUUUAUUUAAGUUUGCGAGUUGAACUAUAAACUUGAUAGACUUGAUUUUAGUUAAGGUCAAACGUGUUAGUAAAUAAAGGCAAAAACUCUCAUAUACACUCGGGAGCAAUAAAAUCGCACACCCCAGAUUUUAACAAAAAAAGCUAGAUUUUCUUAUUAUAAUUGUUAAAAAAUUAUUACAUUGCAAUGGAUACUUAAAGAUUAUUUCAUUACCAUUCCAAUGAUACCACUGAAGUGCAUGUAAGAUGCUCAGAAGGAUCUUUCAGGAGAUAAAAUGAAACUUGCAUGUAAAGUUGUGAUUAUUGCAUUUAGCGGACAAGACAUUGAAUUGAAACAAAUCAAUAAAUUUUCAAUAAAAUCUUUAUUAAUAUGGAGUGUUACCCCCUCUAGCUCUAAUUACGACUCUUAAACGGGUUUUCAUCGACCGUAUUAACUUAAUUAUGAACUCUUGUGGUAUACCGUUCCACUCUUCUUCAAUGGCUGAUUGCAGCGCUUGGAGAUGAGUGAGAGCUGGACUUCUUGCUCGAACACGCCUUUUCAGCUCAUCCCAUACAUGCUCGAUAGGAUUGAGAUCAGGACUACGAGCUGGCCACUCCAUCACGUUAAUACUGACGUCUUCCAAGUAAUCGCGAACUGUCCUAGCAACAUGUGGCCUGGCAUUAUCAUGCAUAAGUAGGAAUUCUUCCCCCAUAAGCUACGAAAUCGGCCUAACAUGAUGUUCGAGAACUUCUUCCACGUAUCGCUGGGCUGUUAAUCCUCUCGAUCUAGGGUCAGAAUUGGCCCCAGUAAUGAAGACAAUGUCGGUUUUAGAAUCGAGCAUUAUGCCACCCCAAAACAUACACGAUCCACCGCCAUAAGCGACACGUUCGCUAAUGCAGCAUUGUGAAAAUCACUCUGAUGACCUUCUAUAGACUCUUGAGCGUCCAUCGUGGCCAUGUAAAGUCUUUCUACACUCAUUGGAAAACAUAACUGCCCUCCACUGAUCGAACGUCCAAUUUAAAUGCUCUCGGGCAAAUUGAAGCCGGGCUUGUCGGUGGGCUGUGAUCAAUUUCGGACUAUUUGCGGGUCGAUGUGCAGUCAACCCAGCUUCAGACAAUCGUCUUCUGACCGUCCACCGAUUUAUGCUGACAUUGCGUACUUCUCGAAGCUGUUUGUCCUAGCUCAACCGCGUUCAGAUGUCAAUUUCGCAAAGAUCUUGUCACUAGAAAGCGGUCAUCACGGUCUGAUGUAGUACGAUGGCGGCCUGAUCCUGGUCGCCGAAUAUAGCUUCCAGUUUCUCGAAACCUCUGGUACACACGUCGAACUGAAUAUCGACUUAAAUUCAACUGUCGAGCGACUUGACUUUGAUUUUGCCCAGCUUCCAACAAGGCACUUGAGCAGCCUCUGCAGGUGUCGUGUCCAUGUUUUUCAAAGUUUUCCGUAUGCAUUCACAAGAGGGGUUAUCACGUUAGAACUCAGUGCACAAAUGAUUUGAAAAAACCUUUAACUGACCGUUUUAUAACUGCGAGAAGGGGCGCAAGUAGUGUCUACCUGAAACGAGUUAAUUCGAGGAAUUUUGUUGUUUUGAUGUUUUUGCGCGUAAAUUCCAGGAAAAUGAAUUUCUUUUUACAUGACAUUUUAAACAAAGUGUGUAUUUUUAUUAAAAAUAUCUUUCAUUUACUUUAACCAAAGAGUUUUAAGAAUAUCCACUGUUUUUGGUCAUAAUAUAGGGUGUGCGAUUUUAUUGCUCUCAAGUGUAAUAAUACGAUUUUUCUUUUGUUUUGUCUAUGACAUUUUUGAUGAUGUAAUUGCAUUUAUUUAUUAACACCGCUUAGACAAUAAGAAUCUAUUGGCUCAGUAUGAUAAUUAUACAAAUAUUAACGUAAUUAAUAUUAAUGUUACGAUAUUUAUACGUCAGUUGUAGGUACUUGUGAUUGUGAUACUAAUCUCCUUUGUAAGUCAUGUGAAGAUACCUUGAAAUAUGUGCCACUUAUAAUUCUGUAUGAAACAUAUUUAGCGUACGCUCUUACAAACUGGUAUUUAACAACUCCAUAUAGCAUACAUACCUAUUUCUUAGUAUGUUCAUAUGACGUGAAAAUUGAUAACCUAAUUUACAAACGAUUUUAAUUUAAAAUGAUUUUCGUUUGAUACAAAUCGCAUUUAUAAUUUACCGAUGAUCCAUUCAGGUAUUAUCUAUAACUUCAAGUAUGUAUGGUACAAACUCCAAAGAACUAAAAGUUUGUAUAAUUUAAUAUUGAUUAACAGGAAAUGAAUUAAUGAUAAAUGCAGGGAAAUCGUGCCUAAAAGGCUUUUCUAGGUACCCAAGUGUAGAAAUUACAGUUAUUUCUUGCAUAAGCUAGAUAACGUAAUCUGAGUAUGUUUCUGAGAAUAAUCUAAUUCGUGCACUAAUGAGGAUAAUGUGUGCUAAUACUAUAAUGUAUUUAUGAUAGAAAUAAGAAUGAAUACCUACAUAAACUCGCUGAAGAACAAUAUUCAGGUCUUCUUUCUGAAAUUAAUGAAAAAAAACUCAAAAAAAUCGACUUAUUCUAAAUUCUCUUUUCUUCUGGUACGGUAUUCUUGUAAAUCUCAAGUGUGUACAGUUGUAGUAUCUUCCAUAAUAUGUAUGUUAUGUGUCAGUGUGUUUAGCACAUGCGCGUGUUAUGUCGACGACAGUCACGCCGGGCGGCGUCACGAGUCUCGCCGCUCGUUUGUAAAUGUUGUAAAUCUCAUCUAUUGUCGAGUAAGUUAGCGAUUUUCUAAAUGUUCUUAAUAAUUUAUAUACAAAAC